AUGUGGCAAAAUAGAGAUGUGAGAAAUACAAUACCAGCACCAUCUAUUGAGGAAGUUAAGCAUGUAUUAAGUAUGAGAUCUUCCGUUAGACGAAUAAACUGGUCUCCAUCUAUUAGUAGAAGGAGUCAAAGAUAUUCACCUUAUCCUACUUUAACUCAUGAUAGCACUAAUAUAAACAACCUCAGUAUAAGAAAUUCUGAGCAAAAUAUUAGCAUUUCCCUACCUCCAAUUGAAAUAUUAUCUCACCAACCACUACCUUAUUCAUGGGCCACAGAUGAAGCACAAAAUAGCCAAGACAGUUCUAACUACGAAUAUACAAUGCAAUACAAUUCUGCUUUAACAUGUGUUUCAUGCUCAUUAUGUCAACAUAAAAUUUUUAAAAAUGACAGAGGCUUGCGAUUAUAUUGGCAAAGAGUUCACCAAAACAAAAAUAGCAACUAUUCUAAUCAAACACAUACCAAUACCUCUAUUUGCUCAUGUGUUUUCUGUGUUUUGUGUCCUAAAAAAAGUUACAAAAACCAAAAAGGUUUAAGUCGUUAUGAAACUAUAGUUCAUUCACAUUAUAAUACACCACGAGCUGGGCUUAUUCCACAACCAUUAGAAGUAAUUAUUGAAUUUAAAAACAUAUUAAUUUACAUGAUACAAAUUAAGCUAAAAACUAGUGCAAAAGAAGCGAGACAGCAA